AUGAAUUCGCGAAGGAGUACUUACGCUCCACUUGAAGACGACGAGCAGGAUAUCCACGAGACCGUCGAGCUCAAUCCACGCCAUACAGAUGAAGAUGAUGGCCCACCGCCCAGUAUCCUCGUUGAAGGUGAUCAGCGUACUAGCCUAGAUGAUCGUAGAGAUAUCCCCAUCAAGUACACCCACACGGAACCAUCAAUCCCCUUACCACAGCAACAACGCAACAGCAGCUACCAGCCUAGUAGCAGGAGCAUGAGUGCACAUCAACUCGCUAUGUGGAAAUGGGUUAAUGUCCAGAAUCUUGACAAAUUCCUUCAAGACGCAUAUGGAUAUUACACAAAUAAGGGUAUUUACUGCAUCAUUCUUACGAGAGCUCUCAACCUCGCUACCGUUGGUUUUGUUUUCAUCUUCUCUACCUUCCUCUUGGGCUGUAUCGACUAUUCUGCUAUUACACACAACGGCAAUCUGUCUGAUAUAGUAAUUCCUCAUUGCGUUUCCAGGUUCCCUUUCUUAACUUGGAUAUGGCUGCUUGCGUUUGGUACCUUUUAUGUAUACCAGGUACUAACAUUCGUGCUGUCAAUGCGAGCUCUUGUCGACAUGUACAAGUUCUACACACACGUCCUGCAUAUUCCUGAUAGUGAUGUUCAGACUAUAUCGUGGGAGGAAAUCGUGUCGCGGAUCUCUCAUAUUAGGCAGUCCAACCCUUUGACUGCGUUAUCGAGUGUGGAUGUUUCUCAUAAUCCGGUUGCACAGCUUGAUGUGCUUGAUGUCGCAAACAGAAUCAUGCGACAGGAGAAUUAUCUCAUUGCGCUAUUCAACAAGGACCUCUUGAAUAUCAAUAUACCCAUCCAAAACCGAAUUAUUAACAAGAUGCUCAGUUUCGCAACGUCAAAUGGCUUGACAAAGGCGUUAGAGUGGAAUCUCUCAUUUGCGUUGCUUGGACACGUCUUUGACGAGAAAGGUCAAGUUAAGCCUGAAAUACUCCAAUCUUCAGCACGUGGUCGCAAUGUCCAAGAAUUGAAGAAGCGCUUUACAGUUUUGGCGUUCAUAAACGCUCUUCUUGCUCCAUUUUUAGUCAUAUUUCUACUCUUCUACUCGUUCUUUAGGUAUUUCGAGGAGUAUCACAAGAAUCCAUCUUCAAUAGGCUCUAGAAAUUACACCGAGCUUGCAAGGUGGAAGUUUAGAGAGUUUAACGAGCUUCAACAUAUUUUUCAGAAGCGUCUCAAUAUGUCCUACGACGAUGCCCAAAAAUACAUUGUGCAAUUUCCCAACGAAAAGGCAGCAAUCGUGGCGCGCUUUGUAGCCUUUGUGGCUGGUUCAUUUGCCGCUGUUCUAAUACUCGCAUCUGUUAUAGAUCCAGACAUGUUUUUGCAUUUUGAGAUAUCUCCACAGCGCACGACUGUAUUCUACAUUGGAUUGUUUGGGACAAUUCUCGCUAUUGCUCGUGGAAUGGUACCAGUAGAGAAUGAAGUUAAUGACCCCGAAAGACUUUUGAGGAGGGCAUGCGCUUAUACUCACCAUCUGCCCCAAGAAUGGCAAAGUCAAAUGCACUCAAAGAGCAUUCAUAGGGAAUUUUCAAAGCUAUUUGAGCUCAAAAUAGUUAUCUUCCUUCAAGAGAUUCUUUCAGUCGUUUUUACGCCUCUUAUUCUCUACUACUCUUUACCAAAAUCCUCACCAGCGAUCAUUGACUUUGUGUCUCAGUCGACUGUCAAGGUUGAUCAGCUUGGUUAUAUCUGCUCUUUUGCACACUUUGAUUUCGUCAGACACGGUAACACAAAGUUUGGUGCACCUAAAGAUGCUCAAAAUGUGAAACUAAUGAGCCAGGAUGGAAAAUUGGAGAAGAGUGUGAUGAAUUUCAAAGCUGCAAAUCCCAAGUGGAUUCCGAGCGACCAGGCAGGAUCAGUCUUUGUGCAGAAAAUGUCUGACUCAGUCAUGCCAUCGUCUAGGCGUAAUGGAGGUAUAAAAUCGCCUGAGUUUGGCUUAGGAGAGGUGUACGAAUAUGAAGGAGAACAAAACAAUUUGGAGGACGGUUUCGGCGGAGAUGGUGAUAAGGGGAUGUUGAAAAUGCUCCAACAGUUUUCUUUCACGCGCAACCAUUCAAAUAACUUUCCUCAACCAUUUUAG